CGUGGACCUGCAGUGUCCGCAAAGGCAUCAGGUGAUCUACUGACUUAAAGCGUAGGUUGAGUGGAGAAAACACAAAAUGACAGGCAAAAAUGUGAGGAAAUAAAUCUGCUGGGCUUUUUUUUAUUUUCUUAAAAAAAGACUAAUAGUAAUAUGGAUGUAGGACAAGGCUAGUGUUUGGAGGAUGUGCUGGUUUUCUUCGUCCGUCUCAUGCCUUUUUUGUCUUUGUAUGGAUUAUCAUUAUUACCGCUCUUAUUAUUAUUAUUAUUAUUAUUAUUAGGCCACUCGGCGUAACAUGGGGUUGUGUUAUAGUCUGCGUCCCCGGUUAUUCGGGGAUCUGAGCGGAACCAUUUCCAACACCAACUCCGAGCCGGAGCAGCCGCCCGAUCUGCUGAUCCCGUCGUCUCGUGUCGGGGAACCCGGGGGGAACAGCAAGGCAGCUCCGGCUCCGGCUUCGGCUGCAUUACGCGCCGGACAGACGCACCAGUGGGACGCCUUCGGCAAAAUCCCCAUCGGGGAGCGCAGGAUCGCCGGGGACGCCACGGCGGACGGAGCUCUCAUCCAGAACGGAGGAGGAGGUGGAGGAGGAGGCAAGGCCACGGGGAGCGCGAAGGAUCGCAGCCGGAGACUUCACCUCCUCCCUACCUCCAGCCAGAAAGCAAAGAACUGGGACAGACCGGUGGAGGAGAAGGAGGCCAAAAAGGAGGCGCUGAAAGUCAGUAAGAAUAUCGACCGCGUCUUGAAGGAACUUAAAAAGGAGUACAAACAAACCCACCGACUGCUCUUAUUAGGAGCUGGAGAAUCGGGAAAAAGCACCAUCGUGAAACAGAUGAGAAUUCUUCACGUGAACGGCUUUAAUGCAGAAGAAAAGAGACAGAAGAUCCAAGACAUCCGGAAGAAUGUGAAGGAUGCCAUAGUGACAAUAGUGUCUGCAAUGAGCACUUUAAUACCGCCGGUCCCUCUCGCCAACCCGGAGGACAAGUUUAGGAUCGAUUACAUCAAAAGCAUAGCAGCUCUGUCAGAUUUUGACUACCCGCAGGAGUUUUUUGACCAUGCCAAGAAACUUUGGGAUGAUGAAGGAGUGAAGGCAUGCUACGAGAGGUCCAACGAGUACCAGCUCAUCGACUGUGCACAUUACUUCCUUGACCGAAUUGAUGCUGUAAGACAAAGUGACUACACGCCAACGGAUCAGGACUUGCUGCGUUGCAGAGUUCUGACAACAGGGAUCUUUGAAACACGAUUUCAAGUAGACAAAGUUAACUUUCACAUGUUUGAUGUGGGAGGUCAAAGGGAUGAGAGGAGAAAAUGGAUCCAGUGCUUUAAUGAUGUCACUGCGAUCAUCUUCGUGGUGGCGAGUAGCAGCUAUAACAUGGUCAUUAGAGAAGACAACAACACAAACAGACUACGAGAAGCACUCAACCUCUUUCACAGUAUCUGGAACAACAGGUGGUUACGGACCAUCUCCAUUAUUUUAUUCCUCAACAAGCAGGACAUGCUGGCGGAGAAAGUAUUAGCUGGGAAAUCCAAAAUCGAAGACUAUUUCCCAGAAUACUCUCGCUACACCAUACCAAAUGAAGGUUACGUAAGGCGUCGACGACGCAAAUCCUGGCGUAAGUCGUCAACUCCCGAACCAGGAGAAGACCCAAGAGUGACAAGAGCCAAGUAUUUCAUUCGUGAUGAAUUCCUGAGGAUCAGCACACCCAGUGGAGACGGACGUCAUUACUGUUACCCUCAUUUUACGUGCGCUGUUGACACGGAAAAUAUCCGCCGGGUAUUUAACGACUGUCGGGACAUCAUCCAGAGAAUGCACCUGCGGCAGUAUGAACUCCUGUGAUCUGGUUCCCGAAAGCCAGAGCACUUUUUUCUUUUUUCUUUUAAAUAACGAACCCACUCCUAAAACAAGGCCAAAACCCAUGAACUAUAUGAUGUGUGUGUGGCAGAUCCUGUUGAAUUAUUUUGUCUUAAUCAUUAACCAUUGUUAAUCUGAAGGGGUGUUUUCUUUCUUUCUUUUUCUUUUUUUUUCUUUUCAAAAACAACUUUGUCAUUCCGCUAAACCUUUGGCUAUUUUUUAAAAAUUUUGUGUGUGUGUGUGUGUGUGUGUGUGUGUGUGCACGUGUUCACCAAAUGACAGUUUAUCAGCUAAACCUGCCCCCUUUAGUAGCUUUACACGUACUGUCUGUAGCCCCAUGCAUAACAUGUUCAUAGCCCUCUUCUGCCCUGUUCAUGAGUGGAACAUAAACGUUGUGUGAAGAAAAGCGAAAAUUGAACGUAAUUUAAGAAAACAUUCCAUUUGCGAAUUGUGAAGCAUGCUGUCUCUUUGUUUGAUUCCUUGUGUUGCAAUAGCUUCUGUUCCAUAGCUCCUUGUUCUUUGUUUAGUGAAGAAAGUCUUUGGGCUUCGAGCGAGGACUUUCUUAGAUUCGAUCUAGCCUCUCUUUCUUUUUUUUCCGCCUGUGCUGGUGUCAAGUUAAAUGCAUGUGUUUAUCUAGCUUUCAAAUUUGACCUGCAGAGUUCUCUUUUGCUCUCAGCAGCUUUGUGAGCCAGUUCCUUCCAUUCCCAGCCCGAUCUGAACGUUACCGCGCUCGCUGUUCAUCAUCAUUUGGUGCCGCUAACGAACAGGGGAAAAUUGGGCAUUGUGAAUUGAAACUUAACUAAAUGUCCCUUGCGUCUUUGGUGCUUGGACCCCUAUUAUCGUAUAUAGAUAUACGUGUGGUAAAGGUAAAGCUUAUAAACUGUUGGGUGUGUACAUGUAUACACACACACACACACACACACAUAUAUAUACACACAUUUUAUAUAUAUAUAUAUAUAUAUAUAUAUAUAUAUAUAUAUAUAUAUAUAUAUAUAUAUAUAUAUAUA